GUGCCAUCCAUUUUCCAGCCAUCAUCUGUGAGAGGUAAACAAAAACAAGCCCAGUGGAACUUUAUACAACUUGGUCGUUUUUGCUCAGUUUUGUGACAGCCACCACCACCACCGCCAUGACCCGCCACUCCAAGAACUGCACGGCCAGCUCGGUGUACUCUUACCAUGAGAAGCGGAAGGACGCCAAGGUGUCAGGGUACGGCACGCUGCAGCUGCGGUACGGCAAGGAUGGCGUGAAGGACUUUGACUGCUGCAGCCUGUCCCUCCACCCCUGCCGGAACCCUGUCAUCACCCCGGAGGGCCACCUGUUUGACAAGGAGGCCAUCCUGGAGUACAUCAUCAGCAAGAAGAAUGAAAUCUCAAGGAAAAUGAAGGAGUAUGAUCGGCAGUGUAAGAAGGAACAGACAGAGUUGGCGGAGCUGAGUGAGGCAGAAAAUCGCUCCCGUGUAGAGAAAUUCCUUCAGACUGAGAUGGCUGUUUCCUCCGCGUCUCAGGCUGCACAGGGCAAAGGGACCAGCACCACCACCACCACCACCAGCACAGCCACACAGAAGGCAGGCACUUCAGGCAGCGCUCCCCCGGCAGGCUCCUCUGUGUCCAACAUGGUGGCCGGCCGAGAAAAGAAACUGCCCAGCUUUUGGAUUCCGUCACUCACUCCAGGGAACAAGGAGGCCAAGAUUGCUAAGCCGGACAAGACCAUCAUGUGCCCCAUCAGCGGAAAGCCCCUGAAAGCCAAGGACCUGAUUACAGUUAAGUUCACCCUGGCCCUGGAUGGAGACAAGGGUCGGGGCGGGGCGGGGCCGUCGCUGGAGGGGGCAAAGGAGCGCUACAAGUGUCCCGUCACUGGCGAUGUGCUGAGGAACAAUGUGGCGUGUGUUGUCUUGCGCCCCACUGGUGAUGUGGUGACCCAGCGUUGUGUGGAGACCAUCAUUCGGAAGGACAUGAAACACCCCCUCACUGGCCAGACACUCACUGAGAAGGACAUCAUUACUCUGCAGAGGGGAGGGACAGGAUUCGCCACCGCCAACCAGCAUCUGGCAAGUGAGAAGGCCCGGCCAGUGCUGCAGGCCUGAGCGAACCACCAGCGACAAGAGGGAGGGCUGGUCUUGUAUUCAUUAACAUCAUUAUCACUUCAUUCUCAUUAAAGCUGGAUAUAUUGUGAGGGAAGGUGACAAGUGAAUUUUUUUUCUUGUCUGUCUUGCUUGCCCUCAUUGUCACUAUAUUUUUGUCAGGGUCACCAAUCUGUUUUUUCUCCCCAUCUUUUUUUCCUCUUGCCAUCCAUCUUUCCCUUUUCCUCCAUCAUGUUCCUUCAUUCAUGGUACAUCUAAGGUGAAACAUUCUCUUUUUAAUUAUCUUGUAACAAUGUGUCUUCUGUGCUAUAAGGAGAGUUAGGAAAAGUACAGAUUCUUAUAAGAUUAUUGAUGUGACGUGUUAAAUCAUCUCAUAAUGUCUACAGUACAGGAAGUGUUAGGAAAGUACUGCAGAUUAUGAAAUUCUUAAUAUGACAAUAAAUCCUUACUAUUCAUCAAUCUGUGACUUGCAAUUAACUCUUUCAGUGCAAUAUACAACAAUUCACAGCACUUUAAAACAGCAGCACUUAAAACAUGUGAAGUCUAUCAAUAUUCACACUUAAAACAUGUCAAAUCUCUAUCAAUAUUCACAAGAACAAUAAGAGUGAAACUGAAUAGAUUGUAAUUUGUACCCAAUGUAGUGUAGAGAUAUACCAGAACAAGGAAAAAUGCCCCAGAGUUGUUUGGUAAGUAAUGACAUGCCAAUACCACUACAGUCAAUCAUUAUGCAAGAGAAAAAUAGAAAAUAAAUAAAGAUAAACCUAAUCUACAUA